UUUUUUGAACCGAGCGGUUGCUGCGCGCGUCGUUGUCGAAUUAAGUAAAUACAAAUAAAUAAAUAUAUUGAGAGCAGCUUUGAACCUUAUUUCUUUUUGGUCCGGCCGUUCGUUCGGGCAAAUUUUGUGUGUGCUUUAUUUACUAUUGUUCACUUUUAGUGUAAAAAAAUCUUUGAACAAGUCGAACGCUGGGAGGCAUACAAAAUUUUUCCGUUUACGGUUCGUGCGCGCUACGAGUUUUGUUGUACCUACCUAACCAUACAACCGAACCAACCCAAACCAAACCAAACUACCACCACCACGAACAGUGUGCCGUGCGUACCACAAAGUUUUAGAUAUUAACCUUUACAGCAUUUGCAUCCAGCAAUUGUCGUGUUUUUUUGUUUUUGGCGCUAAUCGAAAAAUACGAAAAUAAAUUAAAGGAGAAACAAAAAAAAAGAAGUUGUGCCUACAGAACGGUAAAAAUAUACUACAUACAUACACACACACAACUACACACACACGAAGAGUGAGAGAGAGUGGAGUAGAGUAGAGUAGAGCCGCGGGAAUUUUUUUUGGCUGCUGUGCAUGGCUUAUGUGCGCUUAUGUGUGUGUGUGUGCGUGUGUGUGUUGCAGUUGCACUGGAAUUUCUGUAGUGUGGCCACACUUUAGAGUCGUGUAUGUGUGCGAGAGAGUGAGAGCAGAGCGCGCCCUCAACGUUUUUCAAUUAACGAAUUUGUCGUGUGUUUACCUUGUUCUCAUCUUCCGCCUCUCACCGUUUUCUUUCCUUUUUAUUCUUGUGCUAAAACAGAGUUUAAGAAUACACAACGUGCGGCUCCCCGUCUCCCCCCUCCGGCCAACCCACCAAAAUCAGAAAAUUAGUCAAACAUAAAACAACAAACAACAAAAAAAUAACAGCCAGAGCCCUAAAAAAGAAACAAAAAAAAAAAACGAAAUACGAAAGAAGAUCUGAUCUUCCCCCCUAAAAAUACCCCGCACACAGAUCCAUAGAUCAUGUUCACCGAAAAGGGAAUCUUUCCCAUAGGCGAUGGCCUUUUGGAUGUAGAUGCCGAACGCUUUAACGGAUUGCUCGUGUCGCAUGACAUCAACGAGAUCUACGAGGUGGAACAGACGCCGUUUGCCAGGGGCAAAUUCGCCGCCGUUCGCCGUGCCAUUCACAAGAACACGGGCUCCCAUUUCGCGGCAAAGUUCCUGAAGCGACGCCGACGCGCCCAGAGCAGCGACAAGGAGAUCAAACACGAGAUCGCCGUCCUAAUACUCUGCGAGGGCGAGGAAAACAUUGUCAAUCUGAAUGCGGUGCACGAGACCCGUUCGGACACAGCCCUGCUGCUGGAACUGGCCACUGGUGGCGAGCUGCAGACCAUACUGGACAACGAGGAGUGCCUGACAGAGGCCCAGGCCCGCCACUGCAUGCGAGAGGUGCUGAAGGCUCUCAAGUUUCUCCACGACCGAUCCAUUGCCCACCUGGACCUCAAGCCACAGAACAUUUUGCUCGCCGGCGAGCGUAUAGAAGAUGGCCUCAAGCUCUGUGACUUUGGGAUCUCGCGCGUUGUGUGCGAGGGCAUCAAUGUCCGCGAGAUGGCCGGCACACCCGACUACGUGGCCCCCGAGGUGCUCCAGUACGAGCCGCUCUCCCUGCUGACGGACAUCUGGUCCGUGGGCGUUCUCACCUAUGUCUUGCUCUCCGGCUUCUCGCCCUUUGGCGGGGACACCAAGCAGGAGACCUUCCUCAAUAUCUCGCAGUGUGCGCUCACCUUUCCGGACAACCUAUUCGGUGGCGUCUCGCCAGUGGCCAUCGAUUUCAUACGCCGCGCAUUGCGAAUUAAGCCAAACGAUCGCAUGAGUGCCGCUGGAUGCCUGGAACAUGUCUGGCUGAAGGAUGAGAGCUCGAUGGAUAGACAAAUGUAUCUGCAGGCUCAGAGCGAUGCCGAAGAGGAAGAGGAGGAGGAGGAGGAGGAAGACGACCUUGAGGAUGAGGAAGUGGAGGAGCCAGUGGCCGAGGAGAAGGCAGAGGAGCAGGAACAGCAACAGCAUCAGCAGUCACAGGAACAACAAAAGCAUCAGAAGCAACAGAAGCCCAGCAGUGGCAGCAACAAACCCACGCACAAUGGCCACCAUCGGGCCCACAGCAAUGGGAGCAGUAGCAGCAUCUCAAAGAUACCCAUUGCCACCGGGAAGCUCCUGGGAAGCCCCAUAAGCAGCACCAGCACCAGCACAGAGACAACGACAGCCAUACACACGCUGACCAGCAAUGGACACGGACAGAGCAAUACGGUCUGCCUGUCCGCCAAGCCCACUCAGAUCGUGACACCCACACGUCGAGCCUCCGACUCGGACAAGGAGAACACAUACACGGCGACAUUUGUGAAGAAGCCCCCGGUGCAGGCCACCAUCCAGCUGGGCAGCAACGGCCUCGACGAGUCCGCCACAGUGGUGGCCACCCUGACACUCUUUCCCGAUGCGCCCACCACACCGAAAGUGAUCCGCAAGACACCCACGGGAGAGUCCCAUGGAUCGGCCACCUCGGUGAAGGCUCUGGUCAAGAAGUUUCAGCUGGAGGAGACGCUAGUCUGCCCCGGACACAGCAGCACCAGCAGCCACAACGGCCACAGUCCCGUCAACGGGUGCGGCGGCAGUAGCGGGAGCAGCAACGGCAACAAUAUGCGACGCAGUGCUGGAGGAAACAGCAGCAACAUCAGCUACUCGGCAGCAGCCGCGACAGCAGCACGAAUGAACAGCAUUCGCCGCGCCUCCGACCCGCUGAUGGCCGUCUAUAAGAAGCAGCCACAGAACAGCAGCGCCAACAGCAAUAGUUCCAGCAGCAACAGCAACAAUCCCAGCCCCGGCAGCAGUCCCAGCUCGGGCAGCACGGCCACCCUGCUCCUGAAUAGCCAUCGCCUGGCGUCCGCGUCCGGGCCAGCCAGCACGGUCGCCAGCACCGUUGUAGCCUCAAGCAGCAGCACCAAAGCUACUGCCACUGCCCACCAUCUGCACCACCACCACUUGCACCACCACCACCAUCACCAUCACCAUGUGGUGAUCGCCGCAAAGAACGCCGCUGCCGUGGCCGCCACCAACAACCUGAGCCUGGACCAGGGUAUCAUCUGUUAGCUAAGGGCCAGCCGUGCGAGCCGCAAUGCCAAAAGUUUCUUUCAUCGCCUCCUCUGCUGCAUGUAACAGAGCCCGACCCGGCCCGGAUCCCCCCAGUUGUCACCCAGUCCCACAGGGCAGCGAAGCAGCAGCUCUCCUAGCCGCUGGUCUACUAGGAAAGAGUGCCACCGCCAGCCCACUGGGCGAUCGCAUUGGAUAGCCAAUGGUGAUGGCAAUGGCAAUGGCAACGGUUUUGGGAUCGGGUGCUGCAGAGGAAGAUGGCGAUGGGUAGGGAGCAGGAGCCGGAGAUGGAAAUGGAGAUGGAGAUGGAGAGAGGAACAGCUGGAUCAUCAGGAGGAUGCAUUGAUUUGAUUUGAGUUCGUCUUAGUAAAUGUUUAUUGCCUUAGUGUCUAAGGAGAGGAAAGGAAAGCCCCCCCC